CCUUUUCGGAACCGCAUCGAAUUUGAAACGGCGGACUUUCUCUACCGGCGGUCUCAGGCGCCCGCAGCCGAAAUCGACUUCACUAUGGAUCUUUGGGGCGCGAUGCUAGCACAGUAUAACGCCCACCCUCCAUUCGCUAAUCACACCGACAUGUACAAGACAAUCGACGCCAUCCGGGCUGGUGAAGUUCCCUGGGAGUCGUUUUCAAUGUCGUACAAGGGUCCGCGACCUGCACGUGAUGUUCCUCCGUGGAUGACCGAGACAUACGACGUCUGGUUCCGUGAUCCACAGACCAUCAUCAAGAACAUGCUUGGAAACCCGGAUUUCAAGGACAGUAUGGACUAUGCUCCGUACCGUGAGUUCGACUUCUCAGGCUCACGACGAUGGGAGGAUAUGUUUUCUGGUGACUGGGUCUGGGACCAGGCGGACGAAAUUGCGAAGGACCCUACUACGGAAGGGUGUGCUUUUGUCCCUGUUAUCCUUGGCAGUGACAAAACCACUGUAUCCGUUGCCACGGGCCACACGGAGUAUUACCCACUCUACCUGUCCAUAGGCAACGUCCGCAAUACAGUCCGGCGUGCGCACCGGAACGCAGUCGCCCUGGUUGGCUUUUUGUCGAUCCCAAAAACAAAUCAGAGAUACGCCGGCGAUCCGGACUUUCGCCAUUUUCGCCGACAGUUAUACCAUUCCUCUCUAGCACGGAUUCUCCGUUCUCUGAAGUCUGGCAUGACUGAUUACGAGGUUGUGCGCUUCGGCGACGGCUACUUCCGGCGAGUCAUAUACGGCCUCGGGCCUUACAUUGCAGACUACCCGGAGCAGGCGCUCCUUACCUGCAUUGUACAAGGUUGGUGCCCGAAGUGCCUCGCAUUUCGGGACGACCUCGACGGCUCCGACACGGUGCAUCGGGUGUUGCCUCGAUGUAAAGAGCACAACGAGUUUUUGAUUGACGAACUCGAUCUCGGCACCCUGUGGGAUAAUUACGGCAUUAUAGGGAACACGAUUCCGUUCACAAACGAUUAUCCACGCGCCGAUAUCCACGAGAUGAUAUCGCCGGAUAUUCUUCACCAACUUGUCAAGGGGACCUUCAAGGACCACCUUGUCGAGUGGGUUGUUACUUACUUGCACAAGGUCCACUCGAAGGAUCGAGCCCUUCAAAUUCUUGACGACAUCGACAGGAGAAUUGCUGCAGUCGCUCCAUUUGCCGGCUUACGACGGUUUCCCAAUGGACGAGGAUUCAAACAGUGGACAGGAGACGAUAGCAAAGCAUUAAUGAAGGUUUACAUUCCGGCUAUCGAGGGCCACGUUCCCCGUGAUGUCGUGCGCACGUUCCGCGCGUUCUUGGAGUUUUGCUAUCUCGUUCGACGUGACGUCAUCACUGACGAGGCUCUGCUCGAGAUCAAGGACGCAUUGGAGCGUUUUCAUCGCUAUCGGGUUAUUUUUCAGACUCUUGGUGUCGCUAACUCCCUCUCCCUCCCUCGGCAGCAUUCAUUGAAGCAUUACUUAUUCCUUAUUCGCCAGUUCGGGGCCCCAAACGGCCUCUGCUCCUCAAUAACAGAGUCUAAGCACAUCAAGGCAGUGAAGGAGCCAUGGCGGCGAUCAAGCAGAUUCGAAGCGCUCAAGCAAAUGCUUAUCACCAACCAACGGCUGGACAAACUAGCAGCAGCGCGCGUUGAUUUCGCAGCGCGGGGGAUCCAAUUCCAGACACUUGCGGUCGAUCCAGUCGUCAUGAGGCAACUCCGCGCGCGAGGUCUCGACGGCGGAAGUGUGGAGGAGGAGUCAGGGACGGCCAUUGACGGCCAAGUAGAGGCGAAGGUUCAGUUGCCCAGGUCGCCAGCGCGCGGGCGCGCACACAACCUCGCUGAACUCGCAAACGAGUUGGAUCUCCCGUUGUACGACCUGCUCUACCAGGUCAAAUGCUUCCUGCACGAGCAGCUAUCGCCAUCUUCAUCGGAUGUGGACGUCACAAACGUCCCUCUCGACCAACUCCCUCAUUUCCCCCACAAAACCCGGAUAUUCGUCUAUAACUCGGCCAUUGCCACCUUCCGUGCCCCUAGCGACAUAUGCGGGACGGCUGGAAUGACUUCCGAGCGGAUCCGGUCUACCCUCAACUGGAGAAACGAAGCUGCUCGCCACGACUGCGUCUUCGUGUCGACAAACAGCGAGGUUCCCGGCAUGCUCGGCAUGGAGGUCGCCCGGGUCUUAGCUUUGUUCGGCUUCGACUACCGAUCAAAAUACUAUCGGUGCGCUCUCAUCCAUUGGUUCUCCAGAGUACGGGACGUUCGAGAUGAAGAUACCGGGAUGUACAUCGUCUCCCCCGACCACAACGACGACGGCACCAGUCUGCUUGCUAUAGUGCCUGUCAACUCACUCGUCCGCGCCGCCCAUCUCAUCCCUUUCUAUGGCGACAAAUUCAUUCCGGAAGACCUCAAACACUAUAACUCUUAUAACGACUUCUUCGGUUUCUACGUUAACCGAUACGCUGACCAUCAUUCGUUUGAAAUAGCUUAG